AUGGCUAAAUCUAGAGGUGACAACUUUGCAGGUCGUUCUGCACCACACGUUUCACCUACUGCAUAUGCUCGUAGAGCACAUGUAGCUGCUGAUGUUGAGCACCCACCACAAAACAUUUAUUCAAGAUUGGAGAAGAGGGCAAGGAGCAAGAGACGUCGCACUUAUUAUAAAGGUCCUUGCUCCACUGCUGCCAUAACAACACUUUCAAGAGACUUGUUAAUAGAGGUGUUUGCAAUCGUGGCCUCACACUCUUUCAUUGACCUUCACGCCAUCAAAAUGUGUUGUAAAGAUUUUCUUGACGCUGUUGAAGAUGGAUACGUUUGGCGUAGAGUUUCUUUGGACACAUUCUCAUUAAUCCAGUGGCUUCCCAAUGACAAAGUAUCGUCGUUCUUAAACCGUUGCAAGGAAUAUGGAAAUAUGGAGAGCUUGUAUAGAGAAGGGUUGCAAAAAUAUUUUGAUUAUCCAAAUGGAAAGAUUGAUGGUCUUGAGAUCUUAAAGGUAGCCGCUCAAAAGGGUCACAAGGAAGCAAAAUAUGUGUAUGGUAUGAUUUCAUUAUGCUCUGAAGAUGAUGAUUCGAGAAAACAAGGGCUUGAACAUAUGCAUUUUUUGAGGAAGUCCAAGUGUGUCGUAGGCUCCAGAAACAAAGUGAAAAAGUUAUUAGACUCUAUGUGGAGAAAUAAUGGAAUGCUCAGGCGCAAUCAGAACCCUCUCUGUAAUUCUAAGAGCACAUGUAAAGGGUGGGAAGUGAAGACGGGUCGAUGGACAUUAACAGAUGAUGAUGACGAUGAUGCUGAUGCUAUUGACUUAUGUGAGUAUUGUAGAUGGGAUCAUGAGUUAGAAGUUUUUUACCGAUUAUUCAAUAUUCAUUAG